GUAUAUUGUAAACAUUUGAUCAUGUUUGUUCUCUUCUUUGCAGUGACUCCUAAGAAAAGGCAUUGGGAAAGGUCAGAGGGUUCACCAAUCGUGCCUCACUCAGCAAGGAAAGUUUUGAAGCUUGAAGAGACUCCAGGAAGCAGCCAGUAUUUAAUCAGUAGGGUUGGUUCAAACAGAAAAGAUGCAUCUGGAAAUAAAAUAAAACGACUGGAGGAAGAUGUUCGUAGCCUUCGAAGAAAAUUAAGGAAACUCGAGGAUAGGGUCUCAGAGUUGGAGAAAGAUAAAGCAUCUAACUCUAAGACAGAACAAGUGGUGGAAAAAGCGGACAGGACGGGGCAGUUGGCAAAGCAGAAAGAGGGACAGGAAAGUGUGUCAAAAAAGGAGGCUGAUUCCAUACUUGAAACUAAGCCGUGCCAGGCAAUCUGUGAACAAGAUGUUGAAGCCAUUGUAGGCAAGGCUAUUGGGGAUCAGAACAAAUUCAAAAAUUUAUGCCUAUAUAAGUUCACCCAGGAAGAAUUGGUGUCUUGCACCCGUACAGGGAAGCGAACUAUCAAAUGUAUGGACAAUGUGAAACCCCAGUUAGAUCACACCAAAUUUAAGGAACUGGAAAUAUUAGUAUUAAAAUACACUUCAUAUGAUAAGCCAACUUUCCAAAAAAAAUUUGAAAACUUACAGAAAGUUCUUAGAAGGGAGAAAAAUGGAGCAGUCUGA